AUGGCUGUUAACACUGAUAGUACAACUUCAUCUAGCACAAGAGGCAAUCCUCUAGACACUCUAGCUGUUGUCCAAGCUGCUCUAAUUCAGCUGGAAAAUGAAGUUGGUAAUUCAGCCUCAUCUUUUUCUCAUUCAGGUAGAGACAAAGUGUCCAUUGUUGAUGGCUCCUUCGUUUCUAUUUCUAGCAAGGGAGACAAUAAGUUGUCAAAUGUUAUUUUCUUAUCUUCGGUUUUGCAUGUUCCUAUGCUUAGUACUAACUUACUUUCAUGCAAGCCAAUCCCAAUCUCCUCUAAAGAUUCAGAUCCCGGUACCACAGUAGCCCCGGUUCUUUCUGUAGAGCCAGAUCCAGGUACCAAAGAUACUAUAGAUGAGAGACAUCCCAUCAUGGAGCCUUCACCUUCAUUAGAUGAUCUUGAUCUUCCCAUAGCAGUUCGUAAGGGCAAGCAUCGUUGCACCACAUCCACAGCUCACAACAUUUCUCAGUUCUUAUCCUACGAUCAUUUGUCUCCCUUCUAUAAGUCUUUUCUCGCAUCCAUUGCCGAUGUUCCCAUUCCCAUAACAAUACAGGAAGCAUUGGAAUUACCAGAAUGGAAAGAUGCAAUAAAAGCAGAAUUGGAUGCCCUCAUCAGAAAUAAUACUUGGGAAAUAGUUGAUCAGCCUAAAGUAGCAAAGAUGACCACUGUCAGAGUCUUAUUAUCUCUUGCAACUAGUUACUCUUGGUCGUUGUAUCAGAUUGAUGUUAAAAAUGCCUUCCUCAAUAGAGACUUACAAGAAGAAGUUUACAUGCAGUUGCCUCCUAGAUUUUAUGGUAUAGAGACAGGAAAGAAGGAUGAGGAAUCAUCUGGGCAUCUACUCCUUAAACUUGAUUGGUUGUGGUUGGGUUUCCCUUGA